AUGAACCCCGAGUAGUGAGUGUUUCUCUGCUGGGCCUGGCCGGAGGGAGGGGGCGGACUGGCUUCUACUUUGGGGAAGGGGAGGGGCUGAAGUUCCGGGCUGUCUUCUUCCUUCCCCCCCAUAUGAGGCCUAGAUAGACUCCCUCCCCCGGUUCUCCUAAGGGCGCCGGUGACAGUCGGUGUCGAGUGGGGGAGAAGAGGCUGAAUAUAUAUACAUAUAAUAUAUAUAUAUACACACACACAAAUACGCAUGCACAUACACAUACACCUUAGCCCAUUCCUUAUAGGUGUGGGGAGUAGUAUACAUAUAACUGGUUGGAGGGAACGGCUGAUACUCGACUCUUGUGCCAGCCCCUUCCUCUCCCAUGAACUGUUUAGCCCCGUUGCGCUAUGGUGCCUCCUGUCCUUGGUAGCUUUUUAUGUCUGUCCCCAACUUCCCACUAUGUGUCUCUUGCUAGUCUUCACCCCACAUUGGUCUUGUGCCAUUCUUCCUCCUGCCCCCAAAUUGCCCACUUGCCUUGUCUGUCUUUCCCUAACUUUCUGCUGUGUUUUCCCGCAACCACUCCCCUGCCUCCGCCCUCCCCUUGCAACUACUAGCCUCUUGUGCUAUUAUUCCCACCCCCCGGUGUUCAUGAUUUCCCCCCUUUCCAUUUCGUUUUUACACACCUGCAUACCACACUGUUUCACUUAUAAUGCAUUUAGUUCACUUAUUUCGUGAAAUAUCUAAAACAAUGUGUGCAGUUAAGAAAAGGGAGAUUUAGCCUGUUUUUAAGGACUAAGUCUUCACAGGGUGUUUGAAAGCAGAUAGUGUUUCCUUAAGAUGUACGAUAGACAAACAGAUGAUGGAAGAGGAAGAUGAAAGGUCGAUUCACUGAUUAAGUGAGGCAUACAUAAAUGUUAUAUAUAGGUGUACCUGUGUGUGUGUGUGUGUGUGUGUGUAUAAAGCAGGGAUGGGGAAUCUGGCCCUCCAGAUUUUGCUGGACUACAACUCCCAUCACCCCUGGCCAUUGACGAUGCAGGCUGCUGGGAGUUGGAGUCUAAUAACAUCUGGAGGGCUGUAGGAUCCCUACCCCAUAUAAAGUUAAGCUUCUGUGUUUGUCCUCAUUAACUAAGAAGAGUCUGUUCUCAUACAUCCCUGCAAAGAAAAAAAAAUCUGUAAUCCUAUUCACCCUUACUUGAAAGUUGACUGUUUUACUCAGUGACACUUGCUUCCAAGUAAAGAAGCAUAGAAUCAGGAUGUAAAUUCCUGUGUCUAUCUCACUUUCUGUUCAGUGGAAUAGUCUUCGAGUUCAUAUAAACAUCUUCCAACUCCAUCAUGUGCUCCCACUAUAUUGUCAUGUGUUUUUUACUUUGUACAGGAAAGUAUCCACCCAAUCAGGUGAGUAGUUGUUUACAAAUCUGCUGUUAGAUCCUCCUAUAUUAUAUACCUGCCCACUUAAGUGACCACUUGCCACAUUAUGUGGUUUCUGACCUAGGAAGUCUUAUGCCACAGUGAACAAUUAAGGUCUUUAAGGUGCUGCAAGAUGCUUUGUGUUUGCUGGAGUUUGUCUUCUGUAGAAGCUAUUUAGGUGGUCUGGCCUAACUUCUGUAGUUGACACUGUUCAUCUGACCACAUUCAUUGAGGCCUUGCGAGGUUAUCCCAAAGUUGUUUCUGGUAACUUUUCCUGCUGUGUCCUACAGCCUAAUCUACAGCCGUGGUAGAAAAGAGCGGGGGGCUUUUACAAGUAAAGUUCAUGAGCAAGCAAGCAAGCAGGGAUUUGGGCAUUAACUCAAACUCCUGCUUCUUUCAAACUGUUAAGAACUUGAAACAAGUUUUGUUAAACUGAGGUAGUUUGUAAAAACAGUAAUUUCAAACUGUGUACCAAGUAAGCACAGGUAUCUGAGUGCAUCUGUAUUCCCAUCUGCUGAGAAUGGGAGAUCCCCUUAACACACUACUUUGUGUGUGCAGAGGCACUGGCUUGAAAGCUAUUCUUUUAUGGGCUAGCACAAUCACAUUUCAAACCCAUCUGUCUGUUUUAGCUAGUCCUACGCAGAGCAGACCCAUUGGCAUUACUGUAUAUGACCAACAUUGGACCAAGGAUGGACACAAGAACUUACAUAGAACAUAAGAAGCUCCCUUAUAAGCUAGCUCAGAUCAUUUGUCCACCCAGCUCAAUUUUGUCCAUGCUGACUGGCAGCGGCUCUUCAGACUGAAGUCUUUCCCAUGCAGCCUAGGAUCUUUUGCAUGCAAAGCAUGUACUUAACUAUUGAGCGACAUCCCUUUAAGACUCUGAGUAGAAUAUGCUGUUGUUUAAUUCCCAGAUGUCAAGUAGUUGGGCUUUUAGUCAUAGAGUGUGAAGGGAAAGCACUAUGCAGGUGCUCAAAGGCACACUUUCUUGGAGAUACAGAGUUCUGGCCAUUGUAUGUAGCACGGGAGACUCAUGAAUCUCAAAAUGGGCUCAUGAAAUCUUCGGGCCCAGCCAUAGUGGGCCCGAGGCCACUAUAAGUUCUGGGACCUUUGGUCCUUUCUGCUGCAUCACUGGCUAGUUCUGACUUGUAAAAAAUUACUUGCCUCAUGUUCUGUAGAGAAUAAAUAAUGCUUCCAUGAAAUCAACCAGGAGAUCAUUGGUUUUACAUUCAUUCCAGGGAUGGGGAGCCUGUAGCCUAUCAGCCCCAACCAAUGGUUAGGGUUGAAAAGAAUUGUAGCUCAGCAACAUCUGGAGUGCCACAGGUUCCCUGCAUAUGUUUUAUUCUAAGCUCUUGGUUUUCCAGUGUGGGCAAGCAGGCUAGAACAGCCUUCUUUGGGCCAGUUUCUUCUGUGGACUUCGUUUACAAAGGAUUAACAGCUACCCAUCAGGAUGAUCUGCUGCACCUUUUGGGAAUGGCUACUCUGAGUCAUCUCCAGAAACAUUCACCCUCAUUAUCCAGGGUUGACUGUGGUUGCCAUAGCCUCUGUAGAGGCUACUGUAGCUUGUCGGGUCAGCUUUGGUACCUUUGGUUUAAAAAACAAGAGUUUCUUCUCUAUCAUCUCUUACUUAGCUGGUCAUAAAUGCCGUUACCAUUGAGGUGAUGUGUUAGCAAAGUUACAACUGGUAGUGGCUGCAGACUCAGUGGCCAGACUUUGUUUCAUUGGCGCCUAGGACAGCAGUAUCUUUUCUGAGUGCUGAGCCCAGGCUAUAUAGUUUACUCUGGUGGAGAGCUAACAUAGCAUAGUGGCUAAGAAACUGAGCUGUGGAAACAAGAAGUUCCCAAUUCAAAUCUUGCCUCUUCUGUUAACUCAUUAGGGGCAAGCUAAGACACUCUCAGCCUUCCAGCUGCAAUGUGGGGAAUCAUAAUAUUGAUCUACCUUACAGGACUGAUGUAUACAUUACUGAUAAGAUGUCUGUGUAGCACUUUGCUACAUGCUAAUCAUCACAUUAAGUGCUUGGCUGCACAAAUCCAGAAAGCAUCAGUUCUGCUGGUAAACCUGCAUUACAACAGGAACCUCCUGUUUUUAGGGGUGAAGGUGGAACAUGAUGCUGCACUGGCAGAAAUCUUGGGUUGCUCGACCCUUAGGUCUGUAAACAUUUAUUGUGGAUGGCACCUUAAGAACUAUAGUGGUGGUUUUGGCUUUGUACAGACCUAUUUCUUAAAUAGGUAGAGGUUUCUAGCCUUGAAAGGAUGUUGGUUAUGUCCUAUAGAGGUCUGGUGUUCUGAAGCAAAGGGGUGUAGUUUUAAAAUAAGGAGAAAGGAGAAAUCAUCUUUGGUCUUGCAGGGGGAGAUAAGUGUAUAUAAAGUGUCAACAAGAUCGUUGGGUUGUCAUAACUACUCUGAAAAACAAUCUUGAGGUCUCUUUUAAGUUCAAGGGUCUUCUUUCACGGGAAGUGUUCAAAGAAAUGACCUGAAGAUCAUGUGCCAUCCUUUCCUGGCAGAAUGGAUUUGCUGUCUGGCUGCCCUUAACUUUUUAGGACACCUUGGUCUUCACAGUUCAAGUUUGUUGACUGCCUCUUUAGCAGCUGCUGACUCCCCUGCCCUGGUAGCUGUGAGUUGGCUGGGAAAAAACAGAUGCGUUCUAGGUUGUGGUGCAAUCUGGCAAAUAGAUCAGAAGCAUGUGAUCUGGGUCAGAUGCCUUUAAUCUGAAUUUAGGUUCAACAGAAUUGGGGCUACCUCUAGCUCAGGCUAAAACCUUUUGAAGUCUGUUUCGCAGUUGUUUGUCCCUUUGGGCCCAGGGCUUGUAUAUAUCUUGCCCUUCCUUUCUCAAACCUGCAAUGAGUGAGGAACAGCUGGGAAUUGGUGGCAUUCCUAAGGUCACCUGAGUCCAUGACUGAGGCUUGGGACUUUAGAUUUUAUUGGCAUGCAUUUGCUUUGUGAAUAGCAUUGCCUCCCCCACCCCCCAAGAUUAGGGAUAGUCCCUUCCCUCUGUGCUUAAUCAGGAAAAGUGCCAGCACACCAUCUCGUGACUCGCCUGUUUCCUGUCACCUCUCCCGCACACUAGUCAAACACUCCAAUUAAGAAACUUCCUUCCUUCUGACUGUUGGCUAUACUUACAGUUUGGUACAUGGGAGAGAACAGCCUGAUAGUCAAGUGCCCUGUUGUGCUUUUGGGGUAGGGGGAUCCUUGGCAGCAGUGCUGGUGGUGUGGCAAAGGGGUGGUGUUGUGAAACAGAUUCCAGAAGGUUUCUGUGAUAGUCCCCUGAGCUGCAACUUCAGAUGAGUUGGGGGAUAAUGGGAAGUGAUUCUGGGGCUUUUCGGAACAGGAACGAUGUAAGACAAAGGGCCUGAGUAAGACAGUGGAACUGUCUCCCUCUGUGGACUCUCCUUCAUUGGAGGUUUUUAAGCAGAGGUUGCAUGGCCAUCUGUCAUGGAUGCUAGAUGUCUCGUUCCAACUCUACAAUUCUCUGAUUCUAAGGCCCAGCGACUCAGCUGGGAGCAUGAUGGUGCUUAGAUAUAUUACACACUCUUCAUCACAAGGUCCCAGGGCAGGUCACAACAAUGUAAAAUACAUUAAAACCAGUUUAAAACAAUUUACAAGCACAACAGGUGUGGGUCCUAAAAUAUCUAUAUCUCAAGUGCAAAAAGGCCCGGCAUCUUCAGCCUACAAAUGAAAGGUGUAUAGUGAUGGUGCUAGAUAUGUCUCUCUGUGGAGGGAGUUCCGCCGCUUAGGGGCUCCCGGGUCAUCCCUAUCCUGAGCUUCUGAGGGCAGAGGAUCUACUCUUAAUACCCUCUCUGCUGAUCUUCAUACCUGAGAAGGUCUGUAUGGAAGGAAGCAAUCUUUCAUAUAUUUGGGGCCCGUUGCUUUAAACGCUAGCAUGAGCACCUUCCAUUAAGCUCCCAAAGAUGGCCAUUCUUAAUUGUUAUGGAGGCUUAACAGUAUUGUUUUAGAAAAGGAUGAAGAUAAGGUGGUGGAAGUUGUGUUGUAAAACCUCUAGGCCAGCAUCUUCUAACCUGGUGCCCUCCAGACAUUUUGGACCACAACUCCCAUCAGCCCCAGCCAGAACAUUGUAGUUCAACAUUUCUGGAGGGCACCAGGUUAGAGGAGGCUGCUCCAGGUGGCAGGAGUUAGCCAUGAUUUAAAAUUGAGCCUGUGUUUGAAACAGUUUGCAAACACUGGUUAAAGCUAACCAUGGUUAGAGUUGAUGUCGCUGUAGGUUAGCUCUGACAAAAGUGAAGCAAGGCAGGGAUAAAUUUUCACUAGGGUGUGUGGGGAGGAGAGUGCAUGAAUCACUGACUCACUCCCUGUUGCUUAACCAUGAGUAAGAGAUUGAGAGAAUUAUGUUUCUACUGGGCCUUACUGUCCCUAGUGCCAGUUAACCAUACUGAUUCAUAGGAAUUAGUAGACAUAGUGCCUGAAGUCCACUGCUGCAUUUGUCACUGGCGACUGCAUCUUUUAAUUGGGCAAGGGGCUCUGUCCCUCUUGUCGAAUCUGGAAAAGGGAAGGAGAUGCUCACCUUGAAGUUCAGUCUCUCAGAAAGUAGUGAAAUUUCUUAUUGCUUUUUUAGUGCCUCCACCACAACCCAUCCUUGGCAAACCAGAUGUUGUGGCCUACAACUCCCAUCAUCCCUGACCACUGUCUAUGUUGGAUGGGGCUGAUGGGGGUUGGAGUACACAGGCUCCCUGCCCUGUUCUAAGCACUUCUGAAGCUAGCAUUAUAAGUCCUCCCCUCCUUCCCUAGUCCUCCAAUGCUCACUGGAAAAUUGGAGCGGAGACCUUAACCCACACCUUGGGAUAAUGGCAGGGCUGGGUCUCUGGUGAGUGCCGAGGCCAAGCAACAUUUCUAAAACCCAGCAGAGUACAUAAUCAUGGCGUAUACACAGAGCCCUACCCUAUGACUUUCCAAGGAAGUAUCUGCUUUCGAUGAGUAGUGCAUUGUGACAGUUCCUACAAAGAUGAUUUAUUUGGAUAGUGAAGUCAGACCUGAACAAUCAAACAGAACAUUCAAACAUUGCUCAAGGCUUGUGCAUACACAGCAAACUCAUCCAAAUGAUAACCUUGUCAAAGAAGCAAAUGUGGUGGGGUAUUUAAUGCAGUUUGCUGCAUUUCAAAUACAUGUUUCACUUUGUGUAGAGGUGCUCCUUUACAGAAUACCUGCCGGCCACAGAUAAUCUGGGGUAUAGCCAUAUCUCAGUGCUAGAGCAUCUGCUUCUUAUGCAGAAAGUCCCUGGUCUAAUCCCUGACAUCUCUAGAUAGUGCUGGGAACAUUCCCUUGCCUGAAAGUUUGGAGACCUGUCUCCAGGCAGUGUAGAUGCUACUGAGCCAUGUGGACCAGUGGCAUGACUUGGUAUAAGACAGAUUUCAAUUUCCUGUUGGGUGAGCUGGGACAUGAGCUUGAACAGUGAGGAAGCUGAUUAAUUGGGGGCGGACAGGCAGUACCACUUGGGACCUAAUGGUUUCUGCUUUGGCCUGCUCUGGCUCCUGAUUUCUUCAGUAGAUAACAAUCAAGAUGUUUUUGUACCUCCCUUGAGCAAUUUCACAAGAGAACUUGGAUUUCUGGGGCAGCCAGAUCCUGUGCUAUAUUACUGUAAUAUUCAGAAUACUCAAGCUUAGUAUAAGAAUGUCCUCACUGCUGAGUCAGGUACAGUGUCUGGAGAGGAAACAAAUUAGCCCAGAUGAUGAUGAUGAGCGAUACUUUUUCUAUCCAUACAAAACUUGUCUGUUCUCCUCUUUCUAUUUUCCAGUGACUACCUGUUCAAACUGCUUCUGAUUGGUGACUCCGGUGUGGGGAAGUCAUGUCUCUUAUUGCGGUUUGCUGUAAGUAUUUACUCUUGCCCUAAGUGGCAACCUUUCUUCCUAGCCUGGGGAGCAAUGCAACCCUCCAGGGCUCCCUGUCUGGUCUAUGGCAUGCUUCCCAGGCCACCCCCCCUCCUCCAGACCACAUCCUCCUUGAGGCAGCUGCCAUGUGGUGGCACUAUGGGUGCAGGAUGAGUGCCUUGCCCACUGCUGGUGGAGAAGCUGCAAGAAACAAGGAGAAGAGGCAGCGGCUUCUGGCAAGAUCUUGUGGACCUCUCAAAAUGCACCUGGCGUGUGGUGAAUUUCAAAUGCUGCAUUUUGAGAGGCCCACAAGAUUAUAUAUCUGAGUUUGAACCCCGGUAAGUGAGACUUCAGCAGGGGCAGUAGUAGGAGUUGAGGACACCUUCCUGUUUCACCUCAGGUAGUGAAAUGGGAUGGGCCACCCCUGACUCUGCACAUCCCUCUUUCUUUUCUGGAUGAAGGCUACUCUGCUCACUUUUGCCUUUCUCCCCACCCAUCACUGGCAUGUCGCCCUCAAAAGCUUUACCAGAAGGGAAUGCAGUCCUCAGGGUGAAGGGGUUUCCCCAACCCUUGUCCUAGCCUAUUGUUAGUGAGCCUAAGAGAAAGCAACUGAUUGGAGCUGCCUCUUGGUGAUGAGUUUUCUUAAAGCUUUUCAGUAGAUUUGAGCCAACUGAAGAGGCACAAGACCUGUGACUAAUCCCCUUGGAAUCUCUUAUCUCACCCCCCCCUUAACACACACAAAAAUACAACAUUCAUUGUGAGGAAGCUUUGUUUUCUCUGUUUGCCCCUCAGGAUGAGCAGCUGUAGCAAUACAGUUUUUAAAUUUUUCUGGUCUUUAGGAAAUCCCUCUUCCAUUCCAACAUGUCUGCCAAGGAACCCUAGUUUGCAGUGUAGAGAGUUUUGCUAAAUGCAUUGCUUACAUGAGCUGAGCAUAGAUUAAGAAACAGACUCCCCCCACAACCGAGUAGUUGUCAUGAGCCUAAAAAUUCUGAGUAUUAUUUAUUAAAUUUCUAUCCCACCCUUCCUGCCAAAGAAGCACAGGGUGGCAAACAUCAAACAGUUUAAACAAUGCAAUUUAAAAUAAAAUAACCUAUUUAAAACAUUUGAAAAAUUAUCUAAAAACAUUUAGAGGCAAUCACAAUGGUACUACUACCAGUAAGAGAUCUCCCAUUUCUGGGUGCUGUAUUAGACAUACCGCCUUGCCUGCAGGCUUACAGUCAGAAGGUAGAAACAAAACAAGAGGUGGAGGAGGAGAAUCAAACUGGGGAAAGCCAGGAUGAAUAGCCAUUGCACUGGAGUUGGGUGGCAGUUUCAGUACUGGCUGCCUGCAGUCCUCCCCAGCCUUCAGACUCAGACACUGAUUGUCGAAAGCCACAAGAAAACCUUUAUUAACUGUGAUGUUUUUGCUGCUGAACUUAUUCCCAUUGAGAAACCCUAAUGGGACCUUGAAGAACCUCUGAACUUGGAACAGUCCUGGGGCGAGGAAUCAUUGGUCUAGACUGCGCAGGAAGACAAGGGGAAAGUUGGUUUUGGUGGAUUCCUUCCCUUCUGUUGUGUAAUGCGUGGUUUAUACAGUGGUCUCACACUACAGUUGUUCCUUGCCAGUUGGCAUUCUAGGCAUAUGCCAGCCUUCCCCAACCCUGUGCCCUUCAGAUGUUUUGGAUUACAACAACUCCCAAUAACCCCAUCCAGCAUGGAUGUGCUGCCAGAGGUUGGUUGGAUAUAAAUGCCGUUACCGAAAAUGUACACUGCUUAUGUUUCAUGUGUGUUUGGAAAUCUUGAAUGUUAGAAUUGUUGGCUGCAUUUUGAUACACCUUUCCCUCACCCAACAAAAGAGAAUUGAGAACAGGAACAAUGUCUUCUGUCUGCAACUUCUUCUUAUUGUUGAUGAAACACUCUCUUUCCUAGGAUGACACCUACACAGAAAGCUACAUUAGCACCAUUGGGGUGGACUUCAAAAUCCGCACCAUCGAGUUGGAUGGCAAAACUAUCAAGCUGCAAAUUGUGAGUCUGUAAAUCUCUUGGUUUCAAAAGUGUCUUUAAAUGAGUUUUUGGAUGUGGGAACUAAUCCCAGAAUUCUGGAUUGUUCAUUGAUUCCUCUGUGGAGAAGAUGAAUCACAUUCCUAUAGCUCUGUCUAAAGGUUUUGCAAGAUCCAGUUUCAUCCAUGGGUUGUAAUCUAAUGGUGCUGAGCCACAACUGUUAUCAUCUCUUCCCUCUCCAGUGGGACACGGCCGGGCAGGAACGGUUUCGAACCAUCACCUCCAGUUACUACCGAGGGGCACAUGGAAUAAUUGUGGUGUAUGACGUAACGGAUCAGGUAGAGUAAUGGCUGCAUUGUGGUGGUUAGAGCAGGGGUGGGAGAUGGGUUGGGGGAAGAUGAAAAAAUCUGUGUGUGUCUGUUUAGGGUAUCCAGCUCUGGGGGUGAGGAGGAACAGUGGGAAAGAGGGACCAUGAGUGUAAAAGGCAAUCACCCACCUCAUUUCUACAGAAGAUGGUCUAUGGCUGACAUCUGUUCAGAAGGGUGGACCAAAUGCUCCCAUUUCCAGAUGUUAUGUUGGUAGCGGUGUCUUGAAUCAAAAGGCAGCUCUGUCUAACUAGAGACCAUGAGAAGCGAUUAUCUCUCUAUCCCCGAUUAACAGGUGCAGUUCAAAUUGUAAUGUCAAAACACCCAAAAGGAUGAAAGCAGGACAGUUAACUGGAGUGAGUGAGCAAAGCUCCAUUCUGGCACAUUUUUACCUCUCUUAUUGAUGUAUUUUGUGGAUUGAUGCAUGGGUUGGAUCCAAUGAUGUCCUACUUGGAGUAGACCCAUUGAAAUGAAUGGACCUAAGUUUGUUCUCUGAACAGGACUAAAGUUGCCUACAACCCUAGGGCCAUAAUUUCGGAGAGCUCAGAAUUUCCUAAGUUCUCCUUAAGGCUGAAGUUCUUGGGGGUCUGAGUUUUGUAUUAAGUAUUUCGUGAGAUUCUUUCCAUUGAUGAAGCUGUCUAGUCUCCCUACAGUCCUUUCCAGUGCCAAGGGAUAAUCAGGUUGAUGGCCAGGCUUGGAAGUCUGAGCUCUGCUGCCUCUCAUCCUCUUCCCUCUUGUGGGCUCCCACCUUUCAGGAAUCCUACAACAACGUGAAGCAGUGGCUUCAGGAAAUUGAGCGCUACGCCAGUGAAAAUGUCAACAAGCUUCUCGUGGGCAACAAGUGUGACUUGACCACAAAAAAAGUGGUGGACUACACAACUGCCAAGGUGAGCCGCUGAAGGCAAGGCAGAUGCCAGUGGCUGGGAAGAAUAGCAAGUUGGAGGAGUUGCUCUUGUCCUUUAGGGCUUCUCACAGGCAUCUGGUUGGCCACUGUUAAAAAAGGUAAAGGUAAAGGGCCAGUCGUGUCCGACUCUAGGGUUGUGUGCCCAUCUCACUUAAGAGGCCGGGGCCAGCGCUGUCCGGAGACACUUCCGGGUCAUGUGGCCAGCGUGACAAAGCUGCUCUGGCGAGCCAGCACCAGCGCAGCACACGGAAACGCCGUUUACCUUCCCGCUAUAAAGCGGUACCUAUUUAUUUACUUGCACUUAGGGGUGCUUUCGAACUGCUAGGUGGGCAGGAGCUGGGACCGAAAGACGGGAGUUCACUCCGCCGCGGGGAUUCGUACCGCCGACCAUACGAUUGGCAAGUCCUAGGCACUGAGGUUUUACCCACAGCGCCACCCGCGUCCCUAGUUAAAAAAGGACACUGCACUAAAUGAACCACAGACCUGAUCUAGCAGCCAGGCUCUUCCUAUGCUCUUCAGGCUUUUCUUAGGUUCUUCAGGCAGGCGCAAGCAAACCCUGCAAAUCAGCAACCUUUUCCCUCUCAUCCUCAAGGCAGGAAGUGGGGCAACAUUCGCUCCCUGUCAACCUUCUGGAGGCCAUAUACCAAUGGUGGGUGGGACCAGAGGCAAAAAUGGCUGGAGCAACAAAUGUAAAUUUUCAUUUGGCAAGUUCUAUUCUGCACAAGUUCAUACACUCUCCCUCCUUUAUCCUCAAUCCAAACAAGUGUGAUCAGAGUUUGACACAAUUCCAGCCGGGCAAAAGCACUCCGGGAAGAUGUGGGAGGAGUGUAGCCUAGGGAGAAUUCAGUGGUCCAGGUAGAUGGCCUGGAGAGGCACAUUUGACUCCAGGCCUGAAGUUCCCCACCACAUCAUAAGGCCUGGUCUGCAUGUGACAGAGCACAAUGUUGUUGAAAGGACCUCAGCAUAACCCUGCAGACAGCUUAGGCACAAAUAGUCUUUAACAAAAAACAAAACACCUAGCAGCCGUUUAGUGGGGGAAAAUGUUUUUAAAAACACAUAAUUCUUUAUAGGCUUGGCUCUUGCAUGUAACACUUCAGCGAAGGAAGGCAAAGCAAUUCAGUUCAAACGCCCCAUUGUAAACAGCUGUCCUGGAUCAGCAAAUUAAUUAUUCUUUACUUUUGCCUUUCAGAUGCUCCGAAUAGAGGCAGUGUUCUGCUUAUUUUAGCUUUUCAAACUAUAUGGUACAGACAGGUGUCUAGAUCAUAUCUUUGAAUGUCAGAAUGCCUUGGGAACCUCCUGGCCCUUCUCUGGAACAUCUGCUUUUAUUUGCUUGCAUCAGGGAUAGCCAACAUUGUGCUCUCCAGACUGUAGCACAUCAGCCCUAGUGAGCAAGGCUAAGGAUGGUGGGAGUUGUAGUAUAGCGAUAUAUCGAUGGCACCAUGUUGGCUACUGCUGAUUUACAUUAUUUAUUUCCCACACCCUCAACCUAAAGCCAGUGGUGGAAUGGUGGUUAGAGUGUUGUAUUAGGACCUGGGAGAGCAGGGUUCAAAUCCCUGCUCAGCAAAACAUGCUCAGCCUAACCUGCCCCAAAGGGUUGUUGUGAGGAUAACACGAGGAGGAAGAGAAGCAUGUACACUACCUGAAUCUCCCUGGAGGAAAAGGGGGAUAUAACUGUAACAAAGAAAUGUCCAAGGGCAGCUAACAAUAAUAGUAAGAAGCAAAGUACAUUGUAAUAUUAUUAAUAAUAAUAAUAGUAUAAAAACAGCAAAUUAAAGCAACAAAUUGAAGGAGAAUGUGAAGAAAGGCCUCAGGCAACAAUCUCAGUGUACACGUGGAUUGAUUAUGGGAGAUGGUUCAGCUCCUGGCCUUGCAAGGAGCCUCUGACCUAUGUAAUAAAACCUGGGACUCUUUGCUCCUUCCUAACCUUCCCUCUCUCUUUUCUUUGGGCAGGAAUUCGCAGACUCGCUUGGGAUCCCCUUCCUGGAGACCAGCGCCAAGAAUGCCACCAAUGUGGAGCAGUCGUUCAUGACUAUGGCGGCUGAGAUCAAGAAACGCAUGGGCCCGGGUGCCACGGCUGGCGGCGACAGACCCAACCUGAAAAUUGACAGCACUCCGGUCAAACAAGGAGGCGGCGGCUGCUGCUGA